AUGCAGGAUUGUUAUUCUUUUGUCGUGCCUGCGAUGGUGAAAACGCUGGUGUUACCACUGAACAACAUCCAGCGAGGUGACUUCGAGAAGUAUUAUGGAAUGCUGGACCGAACAAGAGAAAUACGGCUCGUGGAUCUGACCCCGUCUCAAGGACUAUUCAAUCCGCAGGGUUACCCCCAUGGAAGGAUAUUAUACGAUCACAAGCUUCGGGAUACGUAUUCCGAGUCCCUAUUUCUACAGGACUUAGAGCCAUUCAGAAGAACGUUUUUGGUGUUUGGUCUAGUGAAGUACGAUCCAGAACUCUCAACAACUGAACUCAAAGUGUUGAUGUCGAGCCUACAGCGAGAAUACCCAAAUGUUGUUUCGCAAGUGAUUGUGAUUUUUGAAUGCCCAGAAGAGGACCAGUUGGGCCAGAUACCUGGAGUGUUCAAGCACAAAGGAAAUCAAGGCGAUAACCAGACCAACAUGGAAACGCUUGUCUGCGACAUCACUUCUUAUUUUAUUUCGGCAUUGUCAUCGUAUGCUGUGUCCUAUCAACACAUGACGUUACGGUCGCCUGGUGAGUUCCAAACCGGAAAUACAGCAACUGGUCUUCGUAAUUACGACACGGCUUCUCUGGAAAAACAAAAAAAACGGUACUCGACAUUUGACGUGAACUCGACUACAGCACAAGACAAGAACCGAGCUAUGAGGGCGAAGGGACGCAGAAACAAGCUGAUGGGCAACUUUUACUUGCUCAUAGGCCGUCUGAGCGAUGCGUUGAAAGAGUUUUGCGACGCUCUCAUCAUCCUCAAAUCCUCCAAUGACUGCCUAUGGAUGGCCUCGGCACUUGAAGGGCUGGCUGUUUGUAUCAUAAUAUUGACAUAUCUGGACGUUCCAUUCACACUGCCCGCUACAGUCCACUCGUUGUUGGUGGGAAGAGAAACCAGUACAUCACAACUAUUGGUGUCACCAAGCUCGUCACCAAGAACCUCCUUUCAAUCGGUUCAUUCAACGUCGCGGAAUUCCCCUAGUCUACCAACAGCAGCACCAAAUACAAUCCAGUAUUCUCUGGCAACCGUUCCGGAGCUGAUUUCAAAAAUUUACCACAAAGUUGUAUUCUAUUACAGACUGUCAUCGGCAUCACCGGAAGACUUUGUGCCAUCGCUUGUAUAUUAUGAAAGUUUGCUGAGAUAUGUGAAGUUUCUCACGUUGAUGGCUGUUUCCGGCGAGCUGAGCCCGUUGACAUUGAGAUCUUUAGUGAGAGGGCUCCCACUGGAGGAGUCUGGUGAUACUAUCGAUGUUAACUUGAAGGCUGAAAUCCUGGCUUAUGCGCAGGACUUUUCAAAGCCCGAAUUUUUUGCCUUGAACAUCUUGGACAGAUGCCGUCUCUACGACAACCUUGUUCCAGUUUAUACAGACUUGAACUUACACAGAAAAAGGUCACUGCUUAUCAAGCAGCUUAUAGAUACAAUUCUUCCGAAGUCUACCAAGCUAAGUACCCGUGACAAAAUUGUUUACAACAGCGAAGGAAUUCCCGAACUACUGGAAAACGUUCUGAAAACAUUUGGAGUUGAUCCAAAGACCGAAAACGAGUUCCAGUUCCAAUGGGUAUCAAUACAAAAGUCUUUCUUAUUCCGGUGCAUUGAGCUAUGUGAGUAUCUUGACGAAACAGAAAGCAGCAGCAAUUACGCUUUAUUCUUACUGAAGCAUUUUCGCAAGGUAUUGAGCGAGCAAGAACAACGAAGAGUCUUUGAGGUGGUACAGAGAUUGGGCUCUAAUACGACCUCCAACUACUGGGAUGUGCAUCUGGUGGAGAAUGCUGUUCCAAUCAACCACUCGCUCCCGUCUGUGCCCCAUAGACGUUCUGCAGGUACUACAGAUAAUAAUCCGAUCUACAACCCGUUCUCCAAGCAGGAGAAUGAGGAAGUUCCUAUUCUAGUUCAGCAGGAGGUAUUCGAGGCUACAGUCACAUUUGCAAAUCCAUAUGCGUUUGAGAUAUCAAUCUCUGAGAUAGAGUUUUGUGCGAAUGAUCCAGAGUUUGUCUUGGAGACGUUGUUAAAUCCUAAGGUAUCUUCUGCCGGACUUGCCGAGGCCGUUGAAGGGAAAGGCACAGUCGUGGUCAAACCUUAUUCGAGGGUAAUGCUAUCGAUAUUCGGCAUCCCUAAAUCUCACGGAAGUCUAGAGAUCGACGCAAUAGCUGCCAGUGUGGCAGGAUGCAAAAAGCAAAAGUUUCAGAUAGGGUUGGCAAAGGUCGGAGCCUUCAAUGCCAAAGUCGAUGGAACUUACGGAGCAUUCACUUCUGAAGAUAUUACCAUUCAGUCAAAGACUCUGAAAUUCGAGGUCAUUCCUCCUCAGCCUCUGCUCUCUUUGGUGGAUGUGACGUUAAGCAACAAUUGGGUGAUGCUUUUGGAAGGAGAGUCCAAGUAUUUUGAUAUCAUCCUACAAAACUUUUCGAAGACGAGUGCUAACGAGCUGGUCUCCACUUUUAUGGACUCCACCGUUGAGCCUUUGAACAUGGCUUUGAGUAACAAAUGGUCUCUGCCAGCGAAUGAGGUGUACGAAAUCGAGUACUAUCUGACCAAAAGACCCGCGUAUAAGAUCCUGAACAAAGAUUCACUCCAACUGAUCGAAGGGCUCGAGAAGUUUGCAAUCAAUAUGGAGAUCAUUGGAAAGAGGGGCAUGAAGGAGUCCAGCAUUUGCUUUGAAUAUGCUAAUGUCGAUAUUGCAGCCUCUGAAGCAUUUACCAGGAAACUCAAUAUCCCCAUCAAUGUGACAGUAUACCCAAGUAUCGAACUCCUUGGUUGCGACAUUUACCCUAUCUUAUACGACCUACCGAGCUUCAACGAGUUGGAUUCCAACGAAGAACACUGGAAGUUUUUGAGGGAGGUGAAAGAUCAGCAAGGCUGUCUCUCGGAUUACUGCCUACUUGCUCUUGAUGUAAAGAACUCUUGGGGCCAGAAGCUGCAGGUUUCCUUGGACUACAUGGGCCAUGAUAUCGAUUCUGAGGAGGUGGAAACUGAGACUGAAUGGAAAAGGACCCCUGCAUUUUCUUCAAACUUCGCGAUAUCUACAGGCAGAACUAAGACAGUACUGGUUCCUGUCAAGAGAAUCGACUUUUGCACAGAGAGACUAGACAGACCCAUUCCAGGGUUGGCCAACAAACAGUUCAUCAUUGACAAAAAGAUGCCCAGAGCUGAACAGCAGUUCAUGAGGGCAGCCUUCUGGUACAGACUUGAACUUUUGAGGAAUCUUCGUGGAAGCUGGAAGGUGAUUGACGAAGUUCAACUUGACGAGCAAGGAAAGGAAGGCUCACGCUUUGGACAGAUCGAUCUCAGAAGUAUACGUCUUUCCUCCAAGAUGGUGAGUAUUCUGGAAGUCGAGAAGAUUGAGAUCAAACUAAGAUUACUGAAUGGAUCAGGAGAUGAGGUGUCUUUGGAAAAGAUCGCUCUUAACGAGUUUUACACUGUUGAAGCAACGGUCGUGAACAGAUCCUCAGUCCCCGUCAAAGGGAUGUUUAGACACGUCCCAACUCUUCACUCACAACACCCUUCUGUGGAAAAAAGGAUUUUGUUUAAUGGCGUUCUACAGAGAAGUAUUGGCGAUGCCAUUAGUCCAGGCAGUUCAAAGUCGUUUGAGUUGGGAUUCGUGGUGUUGGUGAGAGGAGAGUAUGAGUGGGGAGCCAUUUUUGACGAGAUGCCACUCAGCCCCGGCCAGACAACGUUUGCAAAGGGAACACAGCACGUUUUAAGACGAUCAUUGGUAUUCAAUGCGAAUUGA